AUGCGGGUGAUGCGAGACCCGUCGACCGGCCGCUCAUCUCCGAAGACCGAGGAAAUCCCCAUGUCUAAACAUGGAUCGUUAAACUCUAACAUCUGGAACGCAGGCGAGCUGUCCGCUGCAGAAGAUCUCAUCAAAGGACCUCGGAUAACGUGCAAAUGCGUCCCUGAGGGCCCUCUGGCCUUCCAGCUCCUGCGCCGCGAGACGCGUGAUUUAGAGAGACGAUAG